CCAGUCCGAGGCAGCUGCGUCUGGUUUGUAUAUAGCAGAGGCAGCAGGCUGUGCCAAGGCACUGAGCAUGAAUGAGUCUUAUAUUUGAUCUCUGCAAGACUGRCGCAAAGUGUAUUUAACCAGGAUGAAAAUGAUAAGCCGUUUAAAUAAAAUGGAAGCAGAAAAGAAAACUGUGGAAUUUUCCUUUUGCUUUCCAGCCUGAUUCACCUGUUCUCCUCUUCAGGUACCAUUUUCUAUCUGAGUGCAGUUUGUUCGGAGAAAAUGGCAGCAAUUCCAUCAAGUGGUUCUCUCAUCGCCACACACGACUACUACAGAAGACGCCUCGGGUCCAACUCCAGCAACAGCUCUUGUGGCAGCGCUGAGUACACCGGGGAGGUUAUUCCACACCAUCCAGCACUUCCACGGCAAGACUCUGGCCACUGGUGGACCUCAUUUUUCUUUGCAAAACAGAACCAGCUCGGCAUGCAAAAUGGAUCUGAGAAUCAUAAGAACGGAACCUACACAGUGACCAACGGUCAAGUGACCUGCAUCGCCAAGGAAAUGGUUUUGAGCAGACAACUCAGCGAAAGCAAUGAAAAUGGAAAACUAGAACCCACGUCCCCCCCACCUACUUCCUCCUAGUACCCCCUCUUCCCCUUCCACCCAACACCAUCCCUCCUUGCACCUUCCUCACCCUCAUCUUGCCAUCGAUCUCAUAGUCCAUCAGUGGAGAUGUAGAUUUUGGUGGUAAUGAUGGUGGUGUUCUGUUACCUUUUAAGUAAAUAGUUUGCUUGUCUUUUGUGCCUGUAUAUAAAUAUUAUACUUUUAUUACGACCAAAAAGAAAAAAAAAA